AGUAGUAGUAGACAACCAUCUGUCUUCCAAUUCACUUAGACAAGGUUUCUUCCCUCGAUAAGAUAAAUUGAAUUCACAUCGUGUUCCCGAAUAAAUAGAUACCAAAAUACACAAACCAAAUAUCUUCAUCUUCCUCCACAACAAAAAAAAAAUAUGGACAUUAAAGAAAAUGACGAGUCUCGAGUUAUAACACCAACCGAACUUCAACCUCAUGAUUCAGUUUCUGCAAGAACAGGAACGUUAUGGACGGCGGUGACACAUAUAAUAACAGGAGUGAUAGGAGCUGGAGUGUUGUCGUUGGCUUGGGCCACGGCGAAGCUCGGCUGGAUCGCUGGUCCAGCCGCGCUUAUAGCCUUCGCCGGAGUUACACUUCUCUCUGCUUUUCUUCUUUCGGAUUGCUACCGUUUCCCUGAUCCUGACAACGGUCCUCUCCGACUUAAUUCUUACUCUCAAGCCGUUAAAUUGUAUUUAGGGAAGAAGAAUGAGAUAGUAUGUGGGGUUGUUGUAUACAUUUCCCUUUUUGGUUGUGGUAUUGCUUAUACCAUAGUUACAGCGACAUGCAUUAGAGCAAUUAUGAAAUCGAAUUGUUAUCAUAGAGAAGGACAUAAUGCAACAUGUUCUUUUGGAGACAACAACAACUACUUCAUGCUUUUGUUUGGUUUGACUCAGAUCUUUAUGUCACAAAUACCUAAUUUCCACAACAUGCUAUGGCUCUCUCUUGUCGCCGCGAUUAUGUCCUUUACUUACUCAUUCAUUGGCAUGGGCCUCGCCCUUGGCAAAAUCAUAGAAAAGGGAAAAAUUGAGGGAAGUGUAAGGGGAAGUCCAGCAGAAAACAGAGGUGCAAAAGUAUGGUUAGCGUUCCAAGCUCUUGGGAACAUUGCCUUUUCAUAUCCUUUCUCAAUCAUACUUCUUGAGAUUCAGGACACAUUGAGAUCACCACCAGCAGAGAAGGAAACGAUGAAGAAAGCCUCAGCAGUUGCGGUAUUCAUCCAAACAUUCUUCUUCUUCUGUUGCGGAUGUUUUGGGUACGCGGCCUUUGGGGAUUUAACCCCGGGAAAUCUCUUGACCGGUUCCGGCUUCUAUGAGCCAUUCUGGCUCGUCGAUUUCGCUAACGCUUGCAUUGUUCUUCAUUUAGUUGGUGGAUAUCAGGUCUAUAGUCAACCGAUCUUUGCGGCUGUGGAGAGAUGGUUAACCAAGAAAUACCCACAAAACAAGUUCAUUGCCAGAUUCUACGGAUUCAAACUGCCAUUGUUACGAGGAGGAACGGUGAGACUGAAUCCAAUGAGGAUGUGUCUAAGAACGAUUGUAUUUUCCUGUGGAGAUGUGUAUAUUGCAGAAGAAGAUCCAAAGUUGGACGCGACCAUGGCUUCUUCUUAGAGGUUUUAGCUUUGUUUGCUUGCUCGUCUGUCUAUUGUCUCUUGUAGGAUCUAUUUAUGGACUUGUCGGAGCAAAAUUCGGAUGAUUAGCCAAUUAUUGCCUGUGUGAUGAAGCGAUCCUUCCUACUCUAGUUGGUAGAUAAAUGUUAAGAGUAGAU